CAUAGAGAGAUCUCUCUCACCAUGGCCAGAAUAUAUACCAGUAAUUUCUCCAUGAUGAUUUCCAUAAUGCUUCUAUUUGGGCUGCUAAUGACAAGUUUGGACAAAACAGCUGCCCAAAUCGGAGUUUGUUACGGACUGUGGGGCAACAACUUGCCACCUCCACAAGAAGUCGUACGUCUUUACAAACAGUACAACAUUCAAAGAAUGAGACUGUACGGCCAGAACGACGCCGUUUCUCAAGCUCUGAGAGGGACAAACAUUGAGCUCAUGCUAGGUGUCCCAAAAGAAGAACUCGAAGGUAUCGCUAACAGCCAAUCAACGGCUGACAGGUGGAUCCAAAACAACGUCAGAAACUACAACGACGUAAAGUUCAAGUACAUCGCCGUGGGAAACGAAAUCAACCCCUCUGAUAGAGCUGCACAGUUUCUCGUCCCGGCCAUGGAAAGGAUCCAAAACGCGAUCAACUCUGCUGGGCUUGGGAAUCGGAUCAAGGUCUCGACCUCGGUCCACACCGGAAUCCUUGCCGAGUCCUACCCACCUUCUAGAGGCUCUUUUAGGUCCGACUUUGGGCCUAUAAUGAACCCAGUAAUCCGGUUCUUGGUGAACAACAGAUCUCCAUUGUUGCUCAACUUGUACACUUACUUUAGUUACAUUGGUAACACCAAGGACAUUUCUCUUGACUAUGCUCUGUUCAGAUCCCAGUCGGUUGUGGUGAGAGACGGCCAAAACGAGUACCGAAAUCUUUUUGAUGCCAUCUUGGAUGCUGUGUAUGCAGCUCUGGAGAAGUCCGGCGGAGGGUCUUUGGAGAUUGUCGUUUCGGAGACUGGUUGGCCUUCGGCUGGGGGAACAGCGACGUCGUUUGAGAACGCCAGGAUUUAUAAUGGAAACUUGAUUCAACAUGUGAAGGGAGGGACUCCGAAGAGACCAGGGAGGCCUAUUGAGGCUUAUUUGUUCGCCAUGUUCAAUGAGAAUCAGAAGAACCCUGAAUAUGAGAAGCAUUGGGGACUUUUCUUCCCCAACAAACAGCCCAAAUAUUAAUUUGAAUUAAUAUGUGUAUAGUAGGGAUUGUUGUGUUAAGUACCGUGCUGUGUAAUAAGGGAAAACAUAUAUAUGUAAUAAUAAAAGAAGUUAAUCUGAGAAGUUAGCAUGGAAAAAUCAAUGUUUGCUAGCUAUAUGAUAAAUAAAAAUGAUGGAUUUUCCUAGUU